AUGGUCAACUUACCAUUCAAAAAUGAUAAACCUGAUCUCGGCGAGUCACAGUUUAUCGCACAAAAACGGUAUUCAUACAUGUCGAAACGACACUUGGCAAAACCCGAACUUAAGAGUAUAUACGAUGCCAGCAUUCAAGAAUACUUAGAUUUAAAUCAAAUGGAGUUGGCUGAUCCAGCCGUUUGGCCACAUAACUAUUUACCUCAUCACCCGGUAUUCAAAGAAUCAAGCACUACAACAAAGGUUCGAGCUGUUUAUGACGCUAGUUGUAAAACGAGCAACGGCAACUCAUUAAACAGCCAACUGCUGGUAGGCCCUACUAUACAGAGUGAUUUGUUUUCUACUUUGAUCCAUUGGCGAAAACAUCGAUACGCCAUCACUGGAGAUAUUGAGAAAAUGUAUCGACAAAUUUGGAUCAAUCCCGAACACUCUGAAUAUCAACGAAUCCUGUGGCAAGCCCCAGGAUCGUCCGAAAUAAAAAGUUACAGGUUGAAAACCGUAACUUUCGGGGUGGCAAGCUCGCCAUAUCUGGCGAUUAGGACGUUAUUCUUAAUCGCUGACGAUGUUGACGAGAACACACCAGAAUUGGCCGCAAAAAUUCGAUAUCAGUUUUAUGUCGAUGAUUUUUUUGAUUCCGUUGAUACAAUUGAUGAGGCAAAGAAAAUAAUAAAAGAUAUGACGGCUACUCUAUCGAAAUAUGGUUUUCCCCUCCGAAAAUGGAAGGCAAAUGAUGAGGCGAUUUUGGAUGAAGUAGAUCCCAAUGAUCAAGAUAGUUCACCAUCGAAUGUAUUCAAAACACUCGGUGUUCAAUGGCAACCAAGCUCCGAUGAAUUCCUGUUCGUGCCAGUCGAAUUCAAAAAUACAGAAAAAUGGACAAAAAGGACCAUUCUCUCGGAAAUAGCCAAACUAUUUGAUCCACUUGGUUGGUUGUCUCCUUGUAUUGUGAUGGCAAAAAUGUUUAUGCAGGAGUUAUGGUUGCUCCAAAUCGGAUGGGAUGAUGCUUUGCCGCCGGAAAGUAUCACAAAAUGGACUGACAUUCGGCAACAAUUUUUAUCACCAUGUGCAGUCAAAGUACCACGAUGGAUUGGGUUAAGAACCGAUAUAAAAAAUGUGUCACUUCAAGGAUUCUGUGAUGCAUCGGAAAAGGGCAUGUCAAGCGUUGCAUUCAUACGCGUGCAAAGUCUAGAAAAUAAAAUCUCAUGUCAAUUGAUCGCAGCUAAAACAAAAGUCGCGCCAUUGAAAAAAUUAUCAAUUCCACGAUUAGAGUUAAAUGCAGCCGUGUUACUCACUAAAUUAAUGGAAAAGGUUAAAACUGCACUAAAAUUACCAAAUCUACAACAGCAAGCUUGGAGCGACUCUGAGAUAGUUCUCCAUUGGCUCGCUAAUCAUCCUAGUCGGUGGAAAACUUACAUCGCUGGUAGAGUAGUUAAAAUUCAGAACACACUACCAUCACAUAAUUGGAGACACAUUCCAACAGAUCAAAAUCCAGUCGAUUGCGCUUCACGCGGUUUAACUCAGACGGAAUUGGAGAAACUUGAUUUAUGGUGGCACGGUCCCAAAUUCUUGUUGGAAAAUGAACAAGACUGGCCAACAACCAAUUUAAUAAAAAAUCCACCGACAGAAAAAUUGGAAGAGCGAAAACGUGCGAUCAUUGCUACAGCCACUGUCAUUGAAUCAAACUCAAUUAUCGACAACUUCUCGAACUAUGAAAGGAUGUUGCGCGUGAUUUCACGUUGUCUACGAUGGAAAUACCGAAAAAGCAACUUUAACGAACCAAUCACAAGUACAGAGCUCGUCGAGACGGAAAAAACGUUGAUUAAAUCCAUACAAAGAGACGCAUUCACGAACGAAAUUGAACAAUUGCACAAAAUAAUGAAUGCACCCAUAAUGGGAAAUAAGAAAACGGUUAAUAUUGAUCCGAAGAGCACCAUAUGUAACUUAGAACCAUAUUUAGAUGGAAAUGGUAUUUUACGAGUUGGAGGCCGUGUGAAAAAGUCAUUUUUACCCGAAGAUGCAAAACAUCCGAUUAUUCUACCAUCGAAAAAUCAUUUUUCUGUUUUGUUGACUCGUCAAACACAUGAACAAACGCUACAUG